CGGGAAAAUGUGUUUUUCUUCCGUGUGGAGACGUCGACAGCCUCUGGAGAGGUAGGCUUACACAUGGCUUCAACAAAAAGGCUAAUAUGGUGGAUGCGUAGAGCAGCCCAGAGCUGAAGAUGGCUGGAACACACACAAUGGGGUCAUUGUCAAGAUGGCACCAAUCCAAUUUGCCAGUUAUUAUGGGAGUAGUAGUCCUCUACCUGCUGCUGUUUUCUGCCUGCUUCGGACAAGACACAGACGAUUGGCAAUAUGAGGAAUGUAAGCUCUCUCGCUCGGGUCCCCCGGCGACUAUUGUGGCCAUAGAUGAAGAGAGCCCAAAUGGCACGGUGUUGGUGGAGAACCUGCAGAUCAACGGCGUGGCGGAGGGGCCGGGCCAGACCAUCUCCCUGUCUCUGAGGGAUAACGGGGAGCACUGGGUGAUCCUGGACCCCGGCCGGCAGGCCCUGUACCUCAACAGCACCGGCCGCGUGCUGGACCGAGACCCCCCCUCCGCCAUCCAAUCCCUGGUGGUGCAGGUGCAGUGUACUAACGUGCUUGGCACAGUGAUCCUGCAUGAGGUCCGUAUCGUGGUGCGCGACCGCAACGACAACGUGCCCAGCUUCCAGCAGCCACGCUACUACGUCUCCGUCAAUGAGCUGACCCCAGUAGGAACCACCAUCUUCUCUGGUUUCUGGGGGAACAAUGGAGCGACGGACAUCGAUGACGGACCCAAUGGACAGAUAGAGUACACCAUCCAGUACAACCCCAUUGACCCGACGGCCAACCGUACCUUUGACAUCCCCCUGACUCUGGCGGGCUCGGUGGUCCUGAGGGAGAGGCUGAACUACGAGGAGAGCACCCGCUACCUGGUCAUCAUCCAGGCCAACGACCGCGCCCCCUCCCCCAGCCCCCGGCGGACGGCCACCACCACCCUGACGGUGGACGUGCUGGAUGGGGACGACAUGGGGCCGAUGUUCCUGCCCUGCACCCUGGUGGGCCACACCCGCGACUGCAGCCCCCUCACCUACCGGGCCAACGUCCUGGAGCUCACCCACCCCGAGAGGGUUAACCCAGUCAACGUGACUCCGCCCAUCCAGGCCGUGGACCAAGACCGGAACAUCCAGCCUCCUUCUGAUAGGCCGGGAAUCCUGUACUCAAUCCUCAUUGGUAAACCAGAGUCGUAUGUGGAGUACUUCAGUCUGAACAGCACCACAGCAGAGCUCGUGCUGCUUAACCCAAUCGACAGAGAACUGCACCGCAGGUUCGACCUGGUCAUUAAGGCUGAACAGGACAAUGGUCAUCCUCUCCCGGCGUUCGCCAACCUCCAGAUCGAGGUGUUGGACGAGAACAACCAGGCGCCGUACUUCCUGGAGACGGGGUACCAUGGUUACGUCAGCGAGGCGUCCCCGGUGGGGGCGACGGUGGCGUUGGACCCGGGCCUCUCGGCGCCGCUGGCUCUGGUGGCGCUGGACAACGACGUUGAGGAGACCAGGGACCCUCAGCUCCAGUACUCGGUGUCGGAGGGCCAAUCCUCGGUGUUCUCUGUGACUUCGGCGGGCCUCCGGAGGUACCUCACCCUGCUGCAGCCCCUGGACCGCGAGACCCGCCACGCAUACACCUUCCAGGUAACAGCGUCCGAUGGCGUACAGGAGAGUCUCCCGGUUACCGUUACGAUAGAGGUUCUGGACGCCAACGACAACACCCCGACGUUCUCCAACAUCUCCUACCAUGUCAACCUGUACACAGACAUGCUGCCUGCAGACGCCUUCCUGCAGCUGUCUGCAGUAGACGAGGACGCAGGUUCUAACGGGGAGGUGAUCUAUCGCAUCCUGGCAGGCGACCGGGGACACUUCGUCAUCAACCAAACGACUGGGGUCAUCACUGUGGCCAAAGGAGUCAGUCUUGCGGUGGGUCGGAGCUACGCCCUGACUGUUGAGGCCAUGGACAGCUGCGAGGAACCCAACACAAGGUCAUCGAUCACUACGGUGUACAUUGACGUCUUGCCCCCUAACAACCAGAGUCCUCCCCGUUUCCCGCGGCAACAGUUCAGCCUGGAGAUCAGUGAGGCUAUGAGGACCGGAGCCACCCUGCUGAAUCUACAGGCAACGGAUCGUGAGAGUGACCCCAUCACCUACAACAUUUUGAGUGGGGACCCUCACGGCCACUUCACCAUUCAACAGGGGCCAGGGCUGCUGGUUCUUGGGAAGCCGCUGGACAGGGAGACCCGGGACCACUACACCCUGGUGGUCGCGGCCUCAGACGGACGUCCCUCUGGGACUUCCACAGCGACGGUGGACGUCAUGGUAACCGAUGUCAACGACAACGACCCGCUGUUUGAUCUCUCGCUGCCGGUCAACCUAAGCGUCAGCGAGGGACGAGAGAACGCUUACGUUGGACGGGUCAAGGCUGUAGACCCAGACCUGGGCUCCAGCGGACAGGUGUUCUACCGGCUGGUCAACCUCCAGAGCCUCUUCUCCAUCAACGCCAGCGGAGCCAUCAGCACCUCCGCACCCCUGGACCGAGAGCUGAAGGGUCACUACGAUCUGGUGGUGGAGGUGUGGGAUGGGGGCGCGGACCCACGGCGCUCCAGGCUGGCGCUGUCCGUUACCGUGCUGGACGUGGACGACAACAGCCCCGUGUUCACCCAGCAGGCCUACGAGGUGGAGCUGCCCGAGAACAGCCCCAGGAACACCGCCAUACUGCAGCUACAGGCGACCGACACCGACCUCGCCGCCACCCUCACGUACCGGAUCAGAGCCAACAGCUCGGACCCACGGGUCGGCCAGCUGUUCCAGGUGCACCCGUCCAGCGGGCUGCUGUCUGUGCUGGAGGAGCUGGACUACGAGAACAACCCGGAGCACUCCUACACCUUCAUCGUGGAGGCGCUGGACACUGGGGGGACCAUGCCCGCCGGGCUGGCCUCGGUCACCGUCCACAUCAUGGACAUGAACGACUUCCCUCCAGUGUUCAGCCGGUCAGCGUACCGCGGCAUGGUCGCCCCCAACGCUGUAAAGGGAACCAUCGUUACCACGGUGACGGCCACUGACUCUGACCCUUCGGGUACUCCUGCGGGGAUGGUGCGCUACAGGGUAGAUCAGCAGGCUCAUCUCUACUCCUCCAGUAUCUUCGACGUGGAGGAGACCACUGGAAACGUGGUGACCAGAGUCAACCUCAACGAAGAGCCGAAUCUCAAGUUCAGCUUGGUGGUUGUUGCCUAUGACGAUGGCGAGCCUGUGAAGGAGAACAGGACUCUAGUGGAGGUGACGGUGUUGCAGCCCUCCUCAAUCCCAGUCUUCACCCAGGAAGAGUACAGGUUCCCUCCAGUGAGCGAGCAGGCCCCUGUAGGGUACGACGUCGGAGCCAUACUGGCCGCCGCUGUCAAUCAAACCAUUGUGUAUUCCAUCGUCGAGGGCAACGACGAAGGUGUGUUUGUGUUGAACUCCACCUCUGGGGUCCUCUGCACUGCCAGACCCCUGGACUAUGAGGCCAACAGCAGCUUCAUCCUGCAGGUGGAGGCCCACUCCCUGGAGGUGGUCUCCUCCAACCUCCGCGCACCCUCCAGGGUGAACACGGCCAGGGUGCUGGUGGAGGUGGGCGAUGAGAACGACCACGCCCCCGUGUUCUCCAGAGACGUCUACCUGGGAGGAGUCACCGAGGACGCCAAGACCUUCACCUCAGUGCUGCAAGUACAGGCCGUGGACAGGGACACGGGAAACUACAGUACAAUGCUGUACCACCUGAUCAUCCAGCCGCCGGCGGGCAAGGAGGCGAGGGACAGCAAGGACGGCUUCGUGAUGGAGCCUCUCAGCGGCCUGCUGAAGACCGCCAUCAUGUACCGCAACAAGCGCCGCCACCACUUCAAGUUCAAAGUGGUCGCCACCGACGACUACGGCCGGGGCCACAGCAGCACGGCGGAGAUAGUGGUAUCAGUGGUGAACCUGCUGGACAUGCAGGUGAUUGUAUCAAACAUCCCCCCCACGCUGGUGGACAAAAACAAGGACAUACUGCUAAGCAUCCUGGAGAGCUACGUCCAGGAGCAGAUCCCGGGGGCCAAGGUCCUUGUGGAGUCCAUCGGGCCCCAUCGCCACGGCGACGGCCUGGAGCAGGAGGACUACUCCAAGUCUGACCUGAUGGUGUACGCCAUCGACCCCCUCACCAACCGGGCGGUGUCCCGACAGGAGCUUCACAAGUUCCUGGACGGUAAACUACUGGACAUCAACAAGGACUUCCAGCUCCACCUGCCGCCCGGGGGACGCAUCCUGGAGAUCCGGACCCCCGACGUGGUGACCGGGGUCCGCAAGGCGACCCAGACGGUGGGCUACACCGAGGGGGCACUGCUGGCCCUCGCUGUCAUCAUCAUCCUCUGCUGUGUGCCCGCCAUCCUGGUGGUGAUCGUCACGUACCGACAGUUUAAAGAGCGCCAGGAAGAAUGUGCCAAAACCGCCCGCAUCCAGAUGGCACUGCCAUCGGGCAAACCCGGUCGCGGCACAGCGAACAACCUCUACGAGGAGCUGGGGGACAACGCCAUGCGAGGAUAUGGCCAACAAGAGACACAACAACUCCUCAGACCGUCUCUUCUUCGACCAGAGGAGCUGUCUAUGGAGUCAGGGAUCGAUCCCGGGCAAGACUACUACGCACAAGAAUACUACAACUAUGAGCACGGCUAUGAGCUCCCUCAGUACGGCAGCCGCAGGAAGUUGAUCUCCCCCGCGGGUCUCUAUGACGAGUAUGGUGAGGUGGUCGUCGAUGACGACGGCAGCUUCUACUACAGCCCCCAGGACUCUGAGACCGAGUACGGCAGUAGGACGCGCCGUGUCAAGCUGGUGAUGGACCGGGAGUACGAGACCAGUUCCACCGGCGAGGAGAGCGCCCCGGAGCCCCAGCGCCCCAACCGCCUCGCGUCGUCCGUCAAAAGCCACGCCAACAACAAUGGCAGCGUCUACGUGGCGCAAAACGGCUCCAUCGUCCGCACCCGUCGCGCGGGGUCGGGUGUGGCGCCGGUUCAAGCGCACACCACCCCCACCAACAACAACCUGCUCAGCUCUCCUGUCCUCAGCUCCAGGCUGGUCAAACACUUCCGCAAGCUGGAGAAAAUGGCCGCCACGCUAGAGGAACGCAUUCCCCUCAACAACCACAUAAUAGCCGCCGCUGCGGAGGAGGUCAGCGACGAGGGGCGCAGCAGCUUCCAGGGGCCCAACUCCGAAAUGGCCGCCCCUGCAACCGCCACCGCCUCGUUCUCAAAUGACGAAGAGAAGACGUUAAACGUGGGACCUUCUCAUGUGUCCCCGGGGUCGACCGGCAGUGGUCACGCUGCAGGUGUAGUGUCCAGGGCGACCCUUGUCGCCGCUGCUCAGAGCAGCACAGAGAACAUUCCAGAGGCCUCAAGAGCGAAGGAGGGGGAGGGCGGCGAGGAGACAGCGGGAUUGGAGGAGGAGGGGGAGGAGAGGGAGUCGGAGGUGGACAUUGGCAGAGCGACGGCCAGAGAGCUAACGGAGUGUCUGAGUGACAGAACGCAGUCGGACGAGGAGGAGCUGUGGAUGGGUCCAUGGAACAACCUGCACAUCCCCAUGACCAAGCUCUGACCGACUGACCUGGACGCAGGUCUGCUUUUGACAAGACGUUUCUGGUGUAAUCUACGGUCGUUUAGUAGAACUGAAGGAACACAUUUAGUUCUGCAUCAAGUGAAAAUGAUUGAAACAGUUUUUACAUUUUAAGAUAAAACAUCGUCCAAGCUGCAUUGACACUUGAAAUGCACCCAGCGCCAAGACAUCUGUGAAAUGAUCAGAUGAUUACCUGUGUUUUCAUAAUUUGGGGAAACCACUGAACCGCAUUGAGAUGACUCUAUAUUUCUACUUUGCUAUAUGUCGAACUGAGUAACUUUAUCGACCACAAGAGGCCAGCCGUGAACCCUUAACCGGACUGGAAAAACAUGUUUAAUUUACAGUGUUGCAACUCAUCUACUGCUGUUGUCAACAUUUUACAUCAAAUUGUUACGGUUUUAAAUACAAAUCAAAAUGCAACCUUAAUAAAAAAAAUAAAAACAUAA